AUGUCGAGCCGAAUUGUUAUCAUUGGCGCUGGCUUUGCCGGUCUAUGGAGCGCUCUUUCAGCCAAGCGCCUGAUCAACCUCAGGAAUCAGCAGGACAGGAUCGAAGUCCUGGUCAUCGCUCCCGAGCCGUCUUUGGUCCUCCGUCCGAGACUAUAUGAAGCCAACGCUGCCGGCAUGAAGCACCAUCUCGCUGAACUCCUCGAUUCUGCAGGCAUCGAGUUCUUCCAGGGGAAAGUCGACAUCAUUGACACCAAGGCGCACACUGUUCACGCCCAGCCUACAUCGAGCGUCGAACCAACGACGUCUAUCAGCUAUGACCGCCUCAUUCUAGCAGCUGGCAGUUCGGUCAGGCAGCCUCAGGGUGCCGCCGGGCUCCGUGAGUUCGCAUUCGACAUCGAUUCUUUUGACUCGGCCACCAGACUCGAGGAGCACCUCAACCGACUCUCGUCACUGCCAGAGAGCCCUGCUCGCAACACAAUCGUGGUCUGUGGGGCAGGCUUCACCGGCAUCGAGCUCGCGGCCGAAUUGCCUAAGCGUGUCCUUGGACUUAUAGCCAACCCUCGCGUCAUCAUGGUUGAGAGCGCAGAUGAGAUCGGUCCGGGGCUUGGACCAGGGCCUCGACCAGUCAUCACUCAAGCCAUGAAGGAUUUACAGGUAGAGGUCAGGACCGGAACGGCGGUAUCAUCUGUCGAUGCCGAAGGCUUAACCCUUGCAACCGGCGAGCGUAUCGAAACCAAGACUACUAUCUGGACGGCAGGCGUGGUGGCAACAUCCUUGACUCAGCAGAUCGAUGGACCCAAGGACUCUUUCUCCCGCCUUCACGUCGACCAGUUUCUUCGCGCCUUGUCAACAGAGCACAUCUACGCUACCGGAGACGCCGUCCACGCUCUCGCAGACGACAAAGGUCACCAUGCCCUGAUGUCGUGCCAGCAUGCUCUACAGCUUGGCCGUGUUUCUGGCUACAAUGCGGCGGCAGAUCUUCUCGGCGAACCGACGGUGGAGUACUCACAGCCCGCCUAUGCCUGCUGUCUUGACCUUGGCCCGUGCGGUGCGGUGAUUGGACGGGGAUGGGAGAGAAAAGUGAGCCUUACGGGAGAUCGGGCCAAAAAGGUCAAGGAGUACAUCAAUAGGCAGUUGAUAUAUCCCCCGGUUGACGCUUCGGAGGCUCUGAACUUGGCCAACCCUGUCGGACCUGAUACAGAUGAACUAUUCGAGCAUAUACUUGAAGUUGUGGGGUAG